CUUUCACCUUUACGGUUGAGAGGGUGUGUUUGUAAAGUAGUGUGUGUAGGUGAGGCACGCAUAGCCACUGCGCUCCCGCGGGUAUCAAGAGCAUCGAAAUGGAUAAGACAGGUGAACGAGGAGACUUUGAAUGGGUCUACAAUGAUCAGCCUCAUACUUCACGAAGAAAAGAAAUAUUAGCAAAAUACCCAGAGAUCAAGUCCCUGAUGGGGCCUGACCCCCAGUUGAAGUGGGUGGUGACAGGGAUGGUUCUCACCCAGCUUCUGGCCUGCUACAUGGUCCACGACCUCCCCUGGAAGUGGGUGUUCUUCUGGUCAUACGGCUUCGGCGGCUGCAUCAACCACUCGCUGACCCUCGCCAUUCACGAUAUCUCCCACAACGUUGCAUUCGGCAACAAGCUGGCGCGCCUCAACCGCUGGUUUGCCAUAUGGGCCAACCUCCCCAUUGGACUGCCCUACUCGGCCUCGUUCAAGAAGUACCACAUCGACCACCACCGCUACCUGGGUGGCGACGGCCUAGAUGUGGACAUCCCCACGGACGCGGAGGGCUGGUUCUUUUGCACACCCCUGCGGAAGGUCCUGUGGCUCUUCCUCCAGCCAUUGUUCUACGCACUGCGCCCUCUAGUGGUGAACCCCAAGCCAGUCUCCAGACUAGAGAUGAUGAAUGCCGCUGUUCAAUUUGCAGUGAACUUUGUGAUAUUCUACCUAUGGGGGCCGAAGCCAAUUGUUUACCUCAUAGCAGGGUCCAUUUUAUGCAUGGGCCUACAUCCCAUCUCUGGACACUUCAUAGCGGAGCACUACAUGUUCUUGAAAGGCCACGAGACAUACUCCUACUACGGCUCACUGAACCGGAUCACCUUCAACGUGGGUUACCACAUGGAGCACCAUGACUUCCCCAGUAUACCUGGCAGUAAGCUGCCUCAGGUGAAGAAGAUGGCAGCAGAGUACUACGACUCCCUACCACAGCACACUUCCUGGAUCCGGGUGUUGUGGGACUUUGUCUUUGAUGACAGCAUCGGUCCCUACACCAGGAUCAAGCGGGAAUAUAAGCUGGUCAAGCAGGAGUAGGUGCCACAUCAAAACACUUUCCCCCAAUAUUCAGUGGUACUGAUUGUCAUAAUGAAACAUUGGUUUCAGACAGUGGCACUCCAGGCUCCUUUUCACCUCGUUUUAUCAUGUGAUUUACUUGACAGUAGCACACGUGGGCAGGCAAAAGACACAAUGUCAAUCAUUAGGUUUACCAUACUGUGAGUGUGCAGAACAGUGCAGAGAAUGAAACAUUAAAAAAUGUACUUUGCAGUAAGAGGAGCUGUAUUUCAGUGAAGCUCUGUUUGAUGCUCACCACACAAGUUGUUUUUAAUCAAGAAAAUAAAUAGAUAAUAUUGCUAACAAUGUUUCUAACAGAAAUGUAAUUGAAUAAAAAGUUAAGUUAUUA